UGUCUUCACAUAAAAAGUCGUUUAGACUAUAUGAAGAUGUUGUAUGAAACUACAGGAGCACCUGUAGUCGACAAUUCGUUGAAAUUAUCUUCUACAAAAUCAAUUGAUUCGACUUGUAGUGAAAAACGGCAAUUUUUAUCUCUGUCGGCUGGUGAAGAAGAAAAUUUUCAUGACGUGGAGAGCUUAGAAGACAUUCCUAAAAAAGCUGACAGCGAUGUUUACUCUGUUAUCAGCGAAGAAAAAAGCUUGCUGUCGGUUAAUUCUUUUCGAGUUAAAUCAGACGAGUAUUUUUCAGCGAGCAAGCAAGAAUCGCACACGCAUAUUUUGUCAGGCAGAGAAAUUAACAUUAAUAUGAUGCAAAUGUUACCACAGAAUGAUUUUAAUUCAAAGAUUUAUCUUAACAAUCAAGAAUCUGAGGCAUCGAGUGAAGACUCUUUUAAUUGUCCUCAAGAUUCUGAAGAUUCAGAUCAAGAAAAAAAAAUCGAAUAUCAUCCGCCAGUUUCUGUGGCAAUUAAAUGCAUCAAAAAACCAGAACCGAAUUAUAAAUUCAAUGGGGGUCGUCCGGAAUAUCUUCGUCGUGCUAAAUUAAAGAAGAAAAGUAAUUCUUCACGGGUAUCGAAUCGAUUGAAUCUUUUAGCAAAACCUAAGUACGACAUAAAAAAACUCGAUGAGACUGCAAGGAUUAAAAUAAAGAAACGAAAAACAAGAUUGAAGAAAAGAAAGUCAAAAAGUAUCGAGUCAAGGUCGAGAGAUAUUGAAGAUGAAAAACCAAAAUUUGAAAAAGAAAAUACUUUUGUAAUAAGUCAAGAUCAAUCUAGUAAUAAAGUGCUGCAAGACAAUUCAUCACAGUCAUCAAAUAUUAUACCAGCAGUAGAAAAUGUCGAAAUAAUUGAAAGAUUAAAUGGAAAUUGGAGCGACGUUGUUGAAAUUUAUCACAAUGUCCAGGCAAAAAGUAUUAGUCCGUCGGUGGUGUCCAGUAAGCAGCAUUUCAAAUUGGAUAUUCAACAAAAUAUCGACUACAAAGAUCAAAAUACUCAAAGUAAUUUUCAAGUGCAAACCAGUAUUAGACCAGAAGAUUUCAUCCGAGUAGACAUUCAGCCCCAUUACAAUCAAAAUACAUUUCCAAGAGAUCAAGUAUUCAAACAUAAAGAGUGUAGGUCAACUCAGUUGCAUUCGUGGUGCUACGAAUCUUUUUCUGUAAGAAGUUACCAACGACCGACGAAAGCUUCCGAGGCGAAGAAAGCUAAUAGAUGCUUUUUUACUACCCGUUUUGACGUAAGAAACAUUCCAUUUGUUGUCGGCACUUCCAUUACUCGCAGUUAUAACUUGGGACUGAAUAUUCAGAAAGUGUUUGGUCUUAUGAAAAAUCGACAUCCGGAGACAUUGAACGCAAUCAGACCCGUGCUAAUUCGCAAAGUCGGAGAAACAUUUGGUUCGACAAUUAAUACCGCCAGGUCGAUGCAUUCAGAUAAUUGCUCUGGUAAUGAGGGAUCAAUCAUUACUUCAAAGCAAAAUUUCUGCCAUGAAUUAAUUGGACAAACGAAUAAUCGCGUUGCAUUGAAAUGUAAUCAUUAUGGAGAUUCCAUUGAUACUGAAACUGUGGCUACACAUUUCACUCGAAGCGCUUUACUGAAACAACGAGAAGAACAAUUGAGAGAAAGUGAAACAUUUGAUUCAAAAUGUAAAAGAUUUACCAGUAACUCGGGCGAUGUCGGAAAAGUUUUACGUCGAUUGCAAGAUCAGUUUGAAGAAAUGCUUGAAAAGUAUGAAAAAUUGAAGGAUAAGAUAAAAAAAUUAAACGACGUGAGUGCGAUGCAUGAAGUAAGUGAACUGGAAGCUGAACUAAAUAUUAAAGAAGAAGAAAUUUUUACCGUAGCUGGAUUGUACAAGGAAGUUCAGGCUUUAAAGCAGCAAAUUAAAAUGAUGCAGCAAAAAAAGAGUCUUAUUUGUAUAACCGCUGGGAGUGCAGCAAAACCGGAAAAAAAUUUGCUUAGGCGGUCGCGAACUUCGUACGUACUUCCAGCUUUUAAUCAUCAUCAAAGACCUAGAACAUCCUGCAGUAUAAAACCGCCUACGUCUUCCCGGUUAGUAGGCCUCUUGCGUUACAUUCAAUCGGUUCAACAACAAUUAUCUACUCAAAUAAAUUAG